AUGAGUAAUGCUCAUUAUAUUGACAUUAGCAUCUCAUACUACGUAUCAUUAAUAGUAUUGCGGAAGUAAAAUUAAGAUAUAGUUAGUGUUAACUAAUACGUUAUAAACAAUUAUAAUACUACUAAGCCUAAAAUAUACAUACCAUAAGCUUGAGGCGUUUAGCUUGUUCUUCUGUCUAAGGUUGGCCCUGAAGCUAAGGUUGAAGUUUAGGAUAGGCCUGAGCUUGAACUUGAGCAUAUGUCUAAGCUUGAAUUGGGCUUAAGUUAAAACGCCUGAGGUUACGGCUAAAGCUGAGCUUGAGUUUGAGCUUGAAUUUGAGCUUGAGCUGAAGUUUGAGCUUGAGUCAGAGGCUGAGCCUGAGCCUGAGCCUGAGUCUGAGCCUGAGCCUGAGCCUGAGCCUAAGCCUGAGCCUAAGCCUGAGCCUGAGCCUGAGCCUGAGCCUGAAGCUGAGCCUGAAGCUGAGCCUAAGCCUGAGUCUGAGCCUAAGCCUGAGCCUGAAGCUGAGCCUGAAACUGAGCUUGAGCCUGAGCCUGAGCCUGAAGCUGAGCCUGAGCCUGAGCUUGAGCCUGAGCCUGAAGCUGAGCCUGAAGCUGAGCUUGAGCCUGAGCCUGAGUCUGAGCCUGAGCCUGAGCUAAAAAGUGAGCCUUGUUUUUUAUGCGAAAGCUUUGUAAAAUACGAAUGCUUUACUGUAGUAUACUAAAAUUACAAAACAAAAUAAAAAGUCAAAUUUUAAAAAACAUUUUGGUUAAUUAAAGCAAAAUUCCUGAUUCAACUUGAUUCAGAAUCUUCUCCAAACUGA